AUGGCUGAGCUAAUUGCGAUACCGUUGAAGAAACCGUCUGACGUUGAUGUGAUUAAACCACUUACAAAUGUUAUUAAAUCAACGUACAGCAACGCAAGUAAUCAAAAAGAUUACACGGAAGCAAUCGCGGAUUUCAGUAAACUGAGAAACAAUGCUUUGUGGCGAGCUUUUGAGAAAUACGAAAGUUCCUUGGAGGUUAUAUACAGUUACUAUGAUCAAUUAUGUGCACUGGAAAGCAAAAUACCCGCACAUGAGUUACAAAUUCCAUUUAAGUGGAAAGAUGCAUUCGAUCGUACCAUAUUUGGUGGCAAACUCAGUUUGACAAUUAGUACAUUAGCAUAUGAAAAAGUAUGCGUGUUAUUUAAUAUCGCUGCCUUGCAAAGUUCAGUCGCAGCGGCACAAUCUUUAGACAGCGACGAAGGAUUAAAACUGGCUGCAAAGUUAUUUCAACAAUCUGCUGGUACCUUCAAUUAUCUUAAAACGAACGUUAUGAUGGCUAUUCAACAAGAACCAACGCCAGAUAUUAGUCCAGAAACGUUAGGAGCACUAUCCGCGUUAAUGCUUGCUCAGGCUCAAGAAAUAUUUGUACAUAAGGCAAUUCACGAUGCUAUGAAAGAUGGGAUUAUUGCUAAACUAGCUGCACAGGCAGAAGAAUUAUACGCAGAUGCAUUGAAAUUAUUUCAAAAGGAGAUUUUUAGGGCAUUUUGGGAUAAAGAAUGGGUUCCUCUGAUUGCAGGAAAACAAGCUGGAUAUCGGGCAAUGACUGAAUUUUAUCAGUCGUUGGUAUGCAAAAAUAACAAAUCGAUCGGAGAAGAAAUUGCUAGAUUAGAGCAUGCCGCAGAAUUGUUUAAAGCCGCUCAACAACGUUCGAAUAAAUCUCACUUAUUCCAAGAUUGUGCCAACAGAGCUCAAAGAAAUCUAACAGAAGUAAAAAAGGAUAAUAACUUUAUUUAUCACGAAAGAAUACCCGAUAUAAAAUCUUUGGAACCAGUUGGAAAAGCUAGCGUUGCAAAAUUGAUACCAAUGCCUGAAGUCUUUAGCUCCAAUUUUAAAGAUCUUUUUGUUGAUUUAUUACCUGUUGGCGUGCAUCAAGCGUUAUCAUCUUACGAAGUUCGGCGUAACGAAUUGGUUAACUCGGAAAUAUCUAAAUUACGUGAAACGACACAGAUCCUAAACGGCGUAUUGGCAAGUUUAAAUUUACCAGCUGCUAUCGAAGAUACAAGCGGAACUGAAUUGCCUCAGUCUCUGUUAGAAAAAGCUCAACAUGUAAAAGAUGCAGGUGGAAUUCAAGCUUUAGAAAAUUCUAUGAAAGAAUUACCUGAUCUGUUACAAAGAAAUAAAGAACUUCUGGACGAGGUCGUACGUGAAAAAUACGAAAAUCACAAGGAAGGUAUGGAAAUUUUAAGUUUCAGUGAUAACGAUUUGAUCAAUACCGUACCAACUGGGUCAGCAGUACGAGAGAGUCACACCGUGGCUCAACUUAGGAAGCUGAUGGAAGAUGUUGAGACGUUAAAAACAGAACGCGAUGUUAUAGAAAGCGAAUUGAAAUGUGCCACUACCGAUAUGAAAGCAACAUUUCUGUCAGCGCUUGCAAAAGAUGGCGGAAUUGACGAACCAAAUUUAUCAGUUGAAAGUAUAGGAAAAACUUACGGACCUUUACAAAAACAAGUGAGAGAUAGCGUUGCUCGGCAAGAACAAUUGAUCGCUGAAAUUCAAAAGUGUCAUACAGCGUUUACUGCCGAACAAUCUGGUAGCGGUAGCGCAAGAGAAACGAUGUUUUGUAAACUAGCAAGUGCUUACGAUGCAUUUAAAGAAUUGAAAGGCAACUUAAACGAAGGUGCUAAAUUUUAUAACGAUUUAACACAGUUGUUGGUGGUCUUCCAAAAUAAAAUAUCGGAUUUCUGUUUCGCUCGAAAAACCGAAAAAGAAGAACUAUUGAAAGAUUUAACGACAAAUUUGAGUCAUACUGGACCAACUACAACCCCUAGUAUUCCAUCUCAUCACGGAGCAACUUCUGGUCAAAGUCAGGGAACAGAACAAAGCGGACCAUCGCAAUUACCGUAUCCUACGCAUUAUCAAGGUGGAAUGCCUGUGCCGUACGGAGCUGGUCCCAAUACACCAUAUCCCGCAUAUAUGCCUCCCCCUAUGCCUACAACUUACAAUCCAUACGCAACGAUGCCUUAUCCCACACAAGGAAGUUACAAUCCGUAUCAAAGUAUGCCUCCAACUCCUUACGGUGGAUAUGCAACUCUGCCGCGUUAUGGCGGUAAUCAACAACCUCCUCAAGGACAUCCGUUUUGA